AUGUCUGCAGCUCUAUCGCCAACAUCAUCAAAUUCAUCACCAAAUUCUUCACUUUCAAAUUGUGAUCAUCAAAUAAAUGAUGAAAAAAUUAUUUCAAUUGAUAAUAAUAAUAAUGCCACUAUAUUUCAACAGCCAGCAUUUAUUCAUUCGUUUGAAACUGAAUUAGAUAAAGUAGAUGAAUACUUUCAAACAAAAGCAUCUGAUGUUCGCCAAACUAUAUUGAAUAGUUUGCAACGAAUGUAUAAUCAAAACGAAUGGCAUGAUAAUCCACUAAGUAUCAUUUGUCGUGAUCUUGGUGUUCAUGUCCCGACACCUGAACAGCUAAUGGAAUUAAGAGCAACACGUGAUGCUUUAAAAGCUGAAUACGAUGCUUUGCGUCAAUCAGACAAUAAUUGA